AUUUCCUUCUAUUGUGAGUUGUUUCGCAUGAUAAGAAGCUUCCACCUUCUGAUCCUAUUCUGUUUCCUCUCUCUCAUCUUCCGCAACCCUUGUUAAUUGCUACAAAAUCAAGACAAGCCUCCUCAAACCAUCAAUUCGCAACCCAAGCAAGAAGUAUAACAAAGCUAGGCACCCUCAUCAAGUACCUCCUCCCUCAUAUACACUGCUCUCCCAUCUACCUCUCCACCAACAAAAUAAGAUGGAACCUAUCAUGUUUCCCGCCACUCAGAAACUAUCUGCCAUGAGAGCACAAAACAAGAAGUCAACCACCACUACAACAAGUCACAAGGCCAAAAAGGUCUGCAGCCUCACAAAAUGGCUCCUCACCAAACAAAUCAAGCUGCGUACCGCAAUCUCGCCGUGCAGCACAAACAUCAAGAACAACUCCUGCUCCUCCACCAGUAGCAGCAGCAGCAGCAAAACCACACAACAACGUCGCAUCCACAACGAAGUCUUUGGCUGGACAAGCGACGCCUGGGAUGAAUUGAGUAUGAUUUCCUUUUCCUUAUCAUCCUCUACCACCACUCUCUGGCAACCAACAUCAUCUUCUUCUCACCCACCAUCAAAGUCCUCUCACCCAAAAUCAACAGGGUGUAUGACGAGAGAAGAAGUCCUCCGACACGCAGAAAACUACAUGCUCUCACGACUCGAAACCGUUUUUACAAACACCAACGACAGUCAUCCUCGCCGUCGGGAAACAUAUCUCAGAGUCGCAGGUGAUGCCUGAGAUUCACACUACUCUUUUUUUUUUUUACCUACGAAGGGUUUUUUCAAUGAGAGCGGGAUGACUCUGAUGGGAUAGGGAGACAGCUUUUCCUACUUCCUUUGGGUUUCUUCAAUGAUACGGGUACUUGGCAGUUAUAGUACUUUGUGCGAAUGCGCGAUGGUUUCUUGUCACAAAAUGCAAAUCUUGUUGGAGCCA